AUGAUGGAUUCUGAUUUCGAUGAUGAAGAUGUGCGUUCAUUAUCUGAGCGUGUCUUACCGAUGUCAUCUACGAAUCAGACUUCUUCCUCUUCUCGUGAUACCAAUCAGUCAGUGAAAUUACAAUCUAAUACCAUAUGUGAUAAUCAAUCAUUCCAAGAGAUUCUGUCAAAACCUGGAAAUAUCGGUGAUAUAAUUCAAUUAAGUGAUGGUACGCGUAAAAAGUUUAACGGUACUACAUGGCGUCGUAUGUGUUCGGAGCCUGAAUGUUCUUAUUAUACUCAAAGAGAAGGUUUAUGUAAACCUCAUUUAGCUGCAUUAAAAAAGCGAAAGUUAUCCUCAUUCGUGAAAGAUAAUAAUGAUAAAAGCGAACUAGAUGAACAUGAUAAAGAUGAAAGUAUAAAUUCGUGUGAUAAUGCAACGAAAUCAUCUCAACGUAUUUGUGCUGAUCCAAAUUGUGCGAAAGUUGUCGACGAAAGUUUUCACUAUCAAAAUGGUUUCUGUUCACAUCAUUACGAUGAAUUCUGUGCUAGAAAUUUAGCGGCAACUGACUCAUCGUCAGAUAUUUCCAUACUCUCGACUUCACUACGUAAACGUCGGCAUCCUGAUCCACCGUCUCAAGUACCGGUGCUUUACGACGAUCAACCAUCGAUCUCCAAAACUAAUCAUCGUCUUUCAAUAGCCUCAAUUCCGCCAUCUGUAGAUAUUAAUAAUCCGAAGAAGGGUGACAUCAUUGAAAUGGUCAACGGAUCGCGUAAAAAGUUCGAUGGAGUCAUUUGGCGUAAGAUUUGUUCCGUGCCUGGUUGUCUGAUCGCCUCACAACGAAAUGAAUUGUGUCGAAAACAUAUAAAUAAACUUGAUGACAAUUCCAACGAUGUAUCGAGCACGGAUCUUGUUGGAUUAAUGGCAAUGAUGACAUCGACUUCGGAACGCAUGUCGUCAGUGUCGACCAGAUCAUCGACAGAUGAGAAACUAGAAACUCGCAUCUCAACUAGUAUUAAAACUGAACUUACAGAUGAUGCUGACAUUGAAGAUGAAUGCAAUACUGACAAUGUGCCUUACAGUCAUCCUAAAUCAGAUGCCGAUGCCGAUGACGAUGGUAUGAAUCAGUUGAAUGGACAUCAUCAAGACAAGUCUUCCACUAUGCAUGAAGAUCAUUCUGAUACAUCCGCUGAUCAUACAUCGUGUUCAAAUCGGCAGAAGUUUUCUACAAAUCCUUUGAAGAAAUGGCUAAGAGAACAUCGAAAUAAUCCCUAUCCAACAAAUCAAGAAAAGAUUGCCUUAGCUAGGCAAUCAUCUAUGACAUCUGAUCAAGUCGUUGUGUGGCUUCAUAACGCACGGUCUAUCCUUCGACGUAGUCAUCCGAAAUCUCGACAUUCAUCGAAUACCUCGAAGCAUAACAACCAUAAUGAACUGACAUCUAAAGCUGACCAGCAUUCUUGUUCGAACACAAAGAUUGCUGCUGAAAUUUAUCGAUCAUUUCCGCUCUAUAAUGAAACAAAUUCACGUUCAAUCGGUGUUCAAUGUAAUCCAUCGACCACGAAUCAAACGACAGCGACCGACUCUGCGCUCCUCUCUGAUGAAGAAUUGAUCUCUGAUCGUACGAUAAAAAUUUUAACUCCAUCCCAUCAUGUUUUAAAGGCAAUCAAUAGUAUGCGAAGCACUGAAACUGCAAAUUUGGUAGUUGAUAAUAUCAAAACGGAGAAUAGCGAAGGCAUAAAAAAAGAACGAGAAAUUAUCCUUUCAAGUACCUGUCUCGACGACGAUCAAAUGACUCGUUUCAACGACUUCUGUGCUCGCUUUCAUAUAAAAUCCUCAAAUAUCGUUGAUAAAUACACAACACAUCUAAUAACUGACGAAGAAGGUGAAACACUCGUUUGUCCGCUGUCCAAAAAGGUCAUUCAAGGCAUCGCUUAUCAUAUGCAUAUUUUGACUUAUCGUUGGCUUGAUGAUUGUUUGAAACUGAACCAAAUUAUCAAUGAGAAACCUUACGAAAUUCAAGGUGAUCUAACACUUUCACCUGAUCAUUAUGGUAUGCAACGAAGUCGCCAAAGUAUUUUACCUUAUAGUUUACCGGAGACACAUUUACUUGAAAAUUAUUCAAUCAUGCUCAAAUGUGAUGGAUGUCAGGGCAUGAUGAACAACGACGAGCUGAUUGAAUUAGUGAAAUUGUGUGGUGCAAAAUAUACGACUGAUUCUCAUUUUUCACGUCUUCAACCAGGUAAUAUUCGUGUUGUGCUCUGUGAAAAAGAGUAUUUAGCCAGCCGAAAAGAAGUCUAUGAGAAAUGUGCUCAAGCCGGCGUUCAUUUUGUGACACCGGAAUGGUUUCUCGAAUCUUUGGUACAAUACUGUAUUCAACCGUUUCAGGAAUAUGAAAUAUCACCGUGA